AUGUCAGCUCCGAAGCGCGAUCCGACAGUAACUCUUCAACAGAGAGCAUGUGCGUUGCUCCUUCAUGGUUCGGCGGCCGCUGUUAUGGCCUACGGCUGGUUCAGCAUGCAUGGGACACCGCUGGAUGAUUGGAUUAAUAGCCAGAAAGGGGGGCAUUUUCAGUUUUUGACGAUUCAAGGGUUGAUGGUGGCAUGGGCUACUACCGUGAUUAGUAUUGGAUGUGACCUUGUUCCUUCCUUUACCGCUUUGAAGACGGUCAAACGAACAUUGUUCAUGAUAGCAAUGCCCCUCUCUAUCGUGAUCUCCACAAUUUACUGGUCACUCUACCUCUUCGCCCCCGGCCUCAUCCUCCAAACCGUCCCCUCCGAAGGCGAACCCUCCUCGUCCGACUUCACCCCCGAGCCCUUCCGCCUGCGGCUGUCUACCGACCUCGCUCUGCACGCCAUUCCCGCGAUAUCGAUGUUCGCAGAUUUCAAGCUGUUUGAGCAGAAAUACAGUGCGAGGGACGCUAGGCUCGGCGCUCCGUUGAUGGCGCUCGGGGCGGCGCUGUGGUACGGGUGUUGGGUGGAAUGGUUGGCUACGUAUAACGGGAUCUUCCCAUAUCCGUUCUUGACCGAGAACCCAUUCCCAAUCCGUGUGGCCAUCUACGCUGGAGCGACGUCUAUCGCCCUCGUCUCUUUCUGGGUUAUCAAUGCGCUUCAUACUCGUCCGUGGUUGGGUUCUUCAAGUCCAUACCCACUGCAGGCGAAUGGCGCCAAGGCCAAGUCGACUUGA